UAAUUUAUCAGUUGAAGUAGUUGCAUUUGGUGGUAAUUUGAUGUACAAAAUGGUGGUCUCUUUCAAGAUUUCUUUUUGCCUCUGGUGCGUCAUUCUAUUUUGUUUACAAGCUCAUGCCGCACUGGUUCCGGCGAAUAACACAGAACCAGCGAUACUGCGCUAUCUAUUCAAAAACUACACACCAGAGGCGCGGCCCGUGCUCCAUGUGAAAGAUCCUGUGGUAGUAAAGAUGGGACUUAUGCUUAAACAGAUCAUUGACGUGGAUGAAAAGAAUCAGAUUCUCACUACAAACGUAUGGAUUCGAUUGUAUUGGAAAGAUCACUUGCUCAACUGGAAUCCAGAAGAUUUUGGUGGAGUGAAGUCAAUUAACGUGGAACCAAACAAUGUCUGGAAACCUGACAUUCUGCUUUACAACCCGGCAAGUACCGACCUUCGCGUGGAAAGCCUUUACAAGAAGAUCGACACCAAGGUCAUCUUAUCAAGUGACGGUUCCGCAGCAUGGCUUUCACCAGCAAUCAUCAAAACUGAAUGCAAGGUCGAUGUCCGCUUGUUCCCCUUUGAUGUCCAGUACUGUGACCUCAAAUUUGGCUCCUGGACGCACGAUGGCCUCAAAAUAGACAUCCAACUCAGAAAAACAACCGGCGUUGAUAUUGACGAUUACUCGGAAAACAGAGAAUGGUUUCUUAAGGAUGCGCCCGGAAGAAGAGAUGUUAAGCUGUACAACUGUUGCCCUGAACCAUAUCCGACAGUGACUUUCACACUUGUCAUUCGCCGGCGCGCGAUGUUCUACGUCUACAACAUGGUGUUGCCGACCGGAAUGAUCGCCUUGCUGUCUUUGUUCUCGUUCUACCUUCCACCAAAUUCAGGAGAACGUGUAUCGUUUGUGAUCACGGUUCUGCUGUCCAUGAGUGUGUACAUGAUCAUGGUGACUGAGAACAUGCCUCAGUCGGCAGACGUUCCAUUGGUCUCCAAGUUCUUCAUGGCUUCCAUGAUUCAAAUUGCAUUUUCACUGGCGGCAACGUGCGUUGUUAUCAGAUUCGAUACCUCCAAUAAGCCAAUGGGCUCGCUUCUCAAAGUUUUGAUCAAUAAUUGGCUUGCAAAGCUUCUAUUUAUGAAAUCCACAAAAUGCGAUUCAAAGGUAAAAAGCUCGUUGUCAGGAUUCUUCGUGAAAAGGUCAAUCACUCCAGUAGUCGAAGUUGCUACCGAGAAAGAAAACAAGAACGAUGAUGAAGUCAUGGUCGCCCAUUGUCUUGGAUCGGAGACGAAGGAACAUUCAAGUCGCAUCUCGACUGACGGAAUGGACCGAGUUGUCAACGAGCUGAAAGUGUUAACUUCAAAAGUUCACGAGGAAGAAAAAUCAAAUAAAAUAUCUGAAGACUGGAUCUUCGCAGCCGAAGUAUUGGAUCGGUUUUUCAUGCUAUUGUUUUCAGUCACGAUUGUAAUAACUGUUAUAAGUGUGUUCGUCGCUUCGCCUGAAGCCUCUUUGGAGUAACAAAACUAAACUAUGCAGUUUGGAGGAAAGAUCCAAUAACCAGAAAUGGUUGAACUAGCGCAUCCUGUCCCGUUGGAUUUUCCACACUUCAUAAAAUGUUCGGUAAUUCAAACAAUGACGCAUUUGCCGUACCUUUUUAUAGGCAUCAUUUGAUGGCCGAGAUAAAUACUUAUUUACAAAUAGUGUAAAGGAAAGGGGGAGGGGAUUGCACUGA